UUUCCUCGGUGUCGGAGUAUGGAAGGUCGGUAUUAACGCAGUGUGGUCCGUGAAGAGCUCGAGCGUACGGUCCACCAGCCCACGUCCAGGACUGCGAAGGCGAAACUCUUCUUCUCCGAACUGUCUGGUACAAAGUACGCCACACCUCCCGGGACUCAACAACCGGGAACGGGCAGAAAUGUGAACUCGAGCGAGUUAAGGUAAAGAGAAGGCUGGAGCUGGAAGCGGUGACCCUCAGGAUCUUCAGGAUGGUGGCUGGACCUCCAAAGACACAAAGCCAAUGGCCUCUCCAUCCCACAUGGGAGGACAGACUCCCGCCUCCGAUCCCGUAGCACGCAAGUCGCUGUUCAAGAGAUCAUGCAGUGACACCUCGCUCGGUUUCUUGACACGGAGGUUUGCAGACAUGCUGAACCAAUCGGCUGAUGGGGUGUUGGAUCUAAACCUAGUCUGCCAGGAACUCUGUGCCACGAAGAGACGCAUCUAUGACGUCACCCAUGUCCUUGAAGGGAUUCAACUCAUCAAAAAGAAGUCUAAAAACUUGGUGGAGUGGCUGGGCGGUGAAGUGAACUUGCACAUCGAUGAAGAGCUGAGGACUCUCGCUGAGGAGGAGAGGAGGCUGGACGAGUUGAUCCAAAGCUGCACGCUGCAGGUUCAUCAGCUGUGUGAGAACCAGAAUAGUCAGAGAUUUGCCUAUUUAACUUACGAGGAUGUCCAGAGGAUCCCCAGCUUGAAAGAACAGACUGUGAUUGUAAUCAAAGCCCCUGCAGAGACGACGCUGGAGGUGCCACACCCAGAAGAGAGCCUCCAGGUCCACCUCAGCAGCAAACAGGGGCCCAUUGAAGUGUUCCUCUGCAGUGACGACCCUGUCCCUAUGGAGGCCAUGGGUAGCUCUGUGGCCAGUGUUGCCAAUGGCAGCCAUUUAAACUCGUCCGCCAGUGACAUGAACUCCAUCCCCCUUGUGCCUUACUUGUCCUUUGUCCAGGUGUCUUCCAAAGACAAAGCUAACUAUACUUCUGGAAUCAGUAGUAUCUCCAACCCGCUGCCCGAGCCGACACAACACUCAUCACCAGUUACUGUCUCCCCCUCCUCUCUCCGACCUCCCUCUGAGGAGCAACAGAGCUUUGUCUCCCUCACUCCCCCUCUAUCUUUCUCUGUGGAUGGAGACGAGUAUGAAGUGAACCUGACCGAGGAUCAGGGCAUCACUGACCUCUUCUCCUCUGUUGAUCUGGACCAGCUGCCCCUGGAUAUGCCUCUUCUCUGAACAGCAAACAUUUGGAGGCAAUUUCCAUCUUCUCACAAACAGGAUAUCAAGAGGAUAAAACAAAAGAACUAUGCUGAUCUGAAUGUGACUUUUUUUUAUUUUUAUAUGUACAUUUACAGAUCCUGGGUGAUGUGAGUGGGAUGUACUCAAGUAUGUGGAGGCCCGAGAUCUUUUCAUGGCUUCCUUAUAGUCUUUAGUACUUGAACUGACAUGCAUGAUGUAGUUAAAACACUGGGGCUGUCCCCUAAAAGUGGGAGAUUCGAAUCAUCAGUCAGAGACCUCUCAGUCGACUAAGAUUGCUCUAAGUUAAGGAGUCCUUUUUAAAAAUGUUUUAUUUCUUUGGGUUUUUUUUGUGCUAGUCAGUGUGCUGUGCAGUGCACUUCUGAUUCUGGUAUCGAGAUGUUGCUGUGGAGUGAGCGCUCUUGACUUUCAGGCUACUCUUUGACUGAAGCAGCUGCGGCACAGAGGAGAUACUUGGCAUGGAGAGAGAGAGAGGCCACUCCUUUGCUUACAAGUGAUAAAUUUACAGCUCACAGCAAGUCAAUACAAUACAGUCUCUGGCUCUUGUUUGUUAUAUAGUUUCUGCAAAAAAUGCUGUUGCACGUUUACGACCCUUCGUGAGCGCUGUCAGCUUGUUCACUAUGUCAGUGAGUGCUGCUGUCACACUGAACAUUACGCUGAGCCCCGUUAAAACUUAAUAUUGUAAAACAAAACGAAUCUUUGAAAAUUGCUAUUGACCAGGCAAUCUGAUUCAACUGGCCUUAUUUCGAGUUGGGUACAGGCCUAUAGAACACUUUUUACAGAGCUUCAAUUUUUCACAUUGUUGGGUGUCCUUAAGUGUCCUUCACCAAGGUCUGAACAUUGCUGUCUCAACACAGAGCUCCUGACUACCGUCUCUGAAGACAUUUUAUAUUGUGAUCACAAAGGAGCCUUAACAGCAAAGCUUCAUGUUCAUUAAAAGCCUUCAAAAUGUAAA